AGGCCAGUUCCAGGUCUGCGCAAAUUCCUGGCGUUGAUAGUAACAUGUGGUCUCGGUUUGCUUUUCUACGUGGUUGGACAUCAUAUUUCUGGAUUCAAGAGACACUUUUCUUUCGAGGAUAUGUCAUACGCUGUUCAUCAACGCGUCGGGACACAUGCCCUGCAUUUCAUCAGCGCUGUUAUCCCGUUCAUUGCGCAGGUCAUAAUCAACCUUGCCACAGUACGUUCGUGGGUCGAUUUCCAUCACAGCACGCUUGGACUGUUACUGUCAUACACUGUGACCGGGUCUAUCACCCAAAUCGUCAAGGUGGCCGUCGGCCGUCCUCGUCCUGAUGUAAUAUCCCGCUGCCAGCCUAUCCCCGGAUCUGUGGACCCCGUCUAUGGACUAUCCGCUGUGGAUAUAUGCACGCAGACCGUGAAGUACAUCCUCGACGACGGGUGGCGCGGUUUCCCCAGCGGACAUUCUAGCUCGUCAUUUGCAGGACUAGGAUUUCUUACGUUUUAUCUUGCAGGAAAGCUCCACAUCUUUGACAAGCGCGGCUACGCUGGUAAAAUCUGGCUUGUUUUCACUCCGUUGUCUGGGGCCGUAUUCGUUGCUAUUUCUUGUACCAUGGACUACCGUCACCAUUGGCACGACGUGGUCAUUGGGUCUGCCCUAGGCCUGAUCUUAUCGUACAUUUCGUACAGGCAGUACUACCCAGGCCUCGCGGAGGCUGAUGCACACCUGCCUCACAUGAAGAGGUUUGAAGAGCUGCUGGAUGAUGGUGGAGCAGAUAUUCCUGUCUACAGGGAUGCUGAAGUGAACGAGGAUGCAGCCUUCAGUUCUGGGGAAGAGACUAUUGGACUCCUUGGCAGAGGGUAGAAGGCAGAUGUAUGACA